AAAGCUCUGCGCGUGGGCGGGGAGCCCCGACCCUCGCCGGGGCCACGUCAAUCUAGGUGCUCGGCGCUCUACUGAUCCGGCCCCCGGGAGUGGGCGGGCACGUUUGCCUCGGAUGGUCUAACAGGCGUUGGAGAGAGCCAGUGGCGUGGCUCACAGCUCCACCCCUUCUAUUCGAUUGGCCGGCGCCGAGAAGCCGGGCGUGAGGGCCGCAGCCUCUGGAGGGAGCCGCAGCGGGUCUCUCACUCACUCGCCCUCCGCGCUUCCCGGCUCUUCGGUUCUGCUCUGUCCGCCGCCAUGGCCCAAGCUGACAUCGCGCUGAUCGGAUUGGCCGUCAUGGGCCAGAACUUAAUUCUGAACAUGAAUGACCAUGGCUUUGUGGUCUGUGCUUUUAAUAGGACUGUCUCCAAAGUUGAUGAUUUCUUGGCCAAUGAGGCAAAGGGAACCAAAGUGGUGGGUGCUCAUUCCCUGAAAGAGAUGGUCUCCAAGCUGAAGAAGCCCCGGCGGAUCAUCCUCCUUGUGAAGGCUGGGCAAGCUGUGGAUGAUUUCAUCGAAAAAUUGGUACCAUUGUUGGACACUGGUGACAUUAUCAUUGAUGGAGGAAAUUCUGAAUAUAGGGACACCACAAGACGGUGCCGAGACCUCAAGGCCAAGGGAAUUUUAUUUGUGGGGAGCGGAGUCAGUGGUGGAGAGGAAGGGGCCCGGUAUGGCCCAUCGCUCAUGCCAGGAGGGAAUAAAGAAGCGUGGGUGGGAGAUGAGGGAGCAGGCCACUUCGUAAAGAUGGUGCACAACGGGAUAGAGUAUGGAGACAUGCAGCUGAUCUGUGAGGCAUACCACCUGAUGAAAGACGUGCUGGGCAUGGCGCAGGACGAGAUGGCCCAGGCCUUUCAGGAUUGGAAUAAGACAGAGCUAGACUCAUUCCUGAUUGAAAUCACAGCCAAUAUACUCAAGUUCCAAGACACCGAUGGCAAACACCUGCUGCCAAAGAUCAGGGACAGCGCGGGGCAGAAGGGCACGGGGAAGUGGACCGCCAUCUCCGCCCUGGAGUACGGCGUACCCGUCACCCUCAUUGGAGAAGCUGUCUUUGCUCGGUGCUUAUCAUCUCUGAAGGAUGAGAGAAUUCAAGCUAGCAAAAAGCUGAAGGGUCCCCAGAAGUUCCAGUUUGAUGGUGAUAAGAAAUCAUUCCUGGAGGACAUUCGGAAGGCCCUCUACGCUUCCAAGAUCAUCUCUUAUGCUCAAGGCUUUAUGCUGCUAAGGCAGGCAGCUACCGAGUUUGGCUGGACCCUCAAUUAUGGUGGCAUUGCCCUAAUGUGGAGAGGGGGCUGCAUCAUCAGAAGUGUAUUCCUAGGAAAGAUAAAGGAUGCAUUUGAUCGAAACCCGGAACUUCAGAACCUCCUACUGGACGACUUCUUUAAGUCAGCUGUUGAAAACUGCCAGGACUCCUGGCGGCGAGCAGUCAGCACUGGGGUCCAGGCUGGCAUUCCCAUGCCCUGUUUUACUACUGCCCUCUCCUUCUACGAUGGGUACAGACAUGAGAUGCUUCCAGCCAACCUCAUCCAGGCUCAGCGGGAUUACUUCGGGGCUCACACCUAUGAACUGUUGGCCAAACCAGGGCAGUUUAUCCACACCAACUGGACAGGCCACGGUGGCAGUGUGUCAUCCUCGUCAUACAAUGCCUGAUCGUGCUGCUCCUGUCACCCUCCACGAUUCCACAGACCAGGACAUUCCAUGUGCCUCGUGGCACUGCCACCUAGCCCUUUGCCCUAUCUUCUGUUCAGAUCUUUUUUUAAAGUGUUGUUAGAGACUCCUGAGGAAGACACACGGUUUAUUUGUAAAGUAGCUCUGUGAGAGCCACCGUGCCCUCUGCCCUUGCCUCUUGGGACUGAGCAGGAGCUGCUCAUGUGCGUGAGAGUGGGAACCAUCUCCUUGUGGCAGUGGCUUCCGCCUGCCCCAUGUGCUGGUGCGGUUCCCAUCACGCAGUCGGGAAGGAUGUUUGUGCACUCGGAUCAACUGGAACCUCUAUCAUGCGGCUGCAUUCCCUUUUCCCUUUACUCAAUAAAAGCUGCAUCAGACUGAU